CCACAUGGCCACAUCUGUUAACUAUUAGGUUUCUUGUGGUCCUAUAUUAAAGUUAGGGCCCUUCACCUAUUACCAAUUGGUUUUAGGUUGGAUGCUUAAUACACUCGUGUAUCAUAUACAUGCAUGAUUGUAUGUCUAUGUAUGCAUGUCUAGAUGUAUGGUAGGGCCCAAGCUUACCCAAAAUUUUAAGUUGUCAACUGAUGGAGACAUCUUUAUAUAUUAUGUCUUUUAUUUUUCUUUUUCAAUCCUUUGGGACAACCCUUUUGUCUGACCUUCAGUAUUUCUCCUGUCUCCUCUCUUGUUUUGAUCUCUGAGCACAUGAAGACCAUCAUCCUUCUCCCUUGUGUAACCCCUCUUCCAUAGUAUCCACCGCACUGUGUCUCAAAUCCUCUCUGCAUUAUCCACUAUAUUUACUAAGAGUUCCAAAUAAGACAACCUGAAUCAGCCAAUGGUAUCAGUAGGCUUUUAAGUGAUUUCCAACUUGUCUUUUAGGUAUGGAGCAGAAGGUCCAGUCAGCAAAGAAGCGUGAGUUAAUGUACUGGUAUUUAGCUUCAAGGGGUGUUCCAAAGAGCCUACAUUGCCUCUGCCUGAAAUUGGCAGAAGAGUAUGCUGUAAAUGCAAUGGCCCGCUCUUGUUUACCUCCUCCGGAACAUGUUUCUCGCCUUGCUGACACAUCCUUCAACCAUAUUGUGCUUCUGACUGACAAUGUCCUGGCCGCCUCUGUUGUGAUAUCCUCUACAGUUGAAAAUGCAGCCAGUCCUGAAAAACUGGUGUUUCACAUAGUAACAGACAAGAAAACGUACUCCCCAAUGCAUGCCUGGUUUGCAACAAAUACGCUGAAAUCAGCAGUAGUGGAAGUUAAGGGAUUACAUCAAUAUGAUUGGUCUCAGGAGGUGAAUGUUGGAGUUAAGCAGAUGUUGGAAAUACAUCACUUGAUUUGUAGUCAUUACUACAAUAAUCUGAAAGAAAACGACCUUGAUUAUGGAGGAGAGCAUCAAAAUUUUUUGGAGGCUUUAAGCCCUAGCUGCCUGUCCCUUAUGAAUCAUCUUCGCAUUUAUAUCCCUGAACUGUUUCCGGAACUCAACAAGAUAGUAUUCUUGGACGAUGAUGUUGUAGUACAACAUGACAUAUCAUCUUUGUGGACAUUGGAUCUCAAUGGGAAAAUCGUUGGUGCCGUCGUUGACUCAUGGUGUGGAGAAAACUGCUGUCCAGGAAGGAAAUACAAGGACUACUUGAAUUUUUCACACCCCGUAAUUCCAUCUCACCUCGACCAAGAUAGUUGUGCAUGGCUUUCUGGUAUGAACAUCUUCGAUCUUGAAGCCUGGAGGAGGAGCAACAUCACAUCUUCUUAUCAUAAAUGGUUGAAACUCAGUCUCAACUCGGGGUUCACACUAUGGCAACCAGGAGUGCUUCCGCCAAGCUUACUUGCUUUCCAAGGGCACGUGCAUCCUAUUGACCCUUUAUGGCAAGUGGCUGGUUUAGGGUAUCGUUCCUCAUCUGCUGGAGGACAGAUAUUAGAGGCUGCUGCUGUUUUGCAUUUCAAUGGCCCUGCCAAGCCAUGGCUUGAGAUCGGUUCUCCAGAAGUACGAAGCCUGUGGAGUAGACAUGUAAAUUUCUCGAACAGCUUUAUCCAGAAAUGUAGGGUUUUGCAUUAGGGCCAGAGGACAAAGUUCUCUGGCACCAUGAUGUACUCAUUUCAGAUUCGGAACCAUGAAAACCAGCAGUAACACGGUUCGGAACCAAAGCAGAGGGAAGAAGGUAUUGGCUUCAGUCUCUGCAUAGUAUGGAAAUCGGUAACUUUCAUGUCCAUAAUAGAAAAUAGAUGAAGGUACUUAAUGAUUUAAGUAAGAUAUGGUAAGGAUCUUCAACAUAUAUGAUUGCAUAAACAAUGUAGCUGUUCAACAACAUUCAUUUAAUCCAAAUUACUUUUAUCA